AUGUCCACGCCCGCUAAACGUAGACUUAUGAGAGAUUUCAAGCGAAUGCAGCUGGAUGCUCCCAGCGGCGUCUCUGCAUCGCCAGUACCUGACAACGUCAUGUCGUGGAACGCCGUCAUUAUAGGUCCCGCAGAUACGCCUUUCGAAGACGGCACCUUCAGGUUGGUAUUGCAGUUUGAUGAGCAGUAUCCAAACAAGCCGCCCACGGUCAAGUUUAUCAGCGAAAUGUUUCACCCGAACGUUUACGCCAGCGGUGAGUUGUGCCUAGAUAUCUUGCAAAACAGAUGGUCUCCAACCUAUGAUGUUUCGAGCAUUUUGACAUCGAUCCAGUCGUUGUUGAACGAUCCCAACAUUUCAUCGCCGGCGAACGUCGAGGCUGCUAACUUGUAUAAGGAUCACCGUUCACAAUAUGUGAAGAGGGUGCGUGAGACGGUAGAGCAUAGCUGGAAUGAAGAUGAUGAAGAGGACGAUGAGGACGAUGAUUAG